AUGCUGCCGUCUCCGCUGCGUGCCCCCGAAGACUUGAAGAACCAAGAAGAUGUCCGACGCCAGAGCACCAAAGACGACCACCACCCAGCACAGAGCACCAAAAACGACCACCUUCCAGCACAGAGCACCAGCGACGACCAUCACCCAGCACAGAGCACCAGUGACGACCAUCCCCCAUCACAGAGCACCAGCGACGACCAUCACCCAGCACAGAACAUCCGCGACGACCAUCACCCUGCACAGAGCACCAAGGACGACCAUCAACCAGCACAGAGCCCCAAAGACGACCACCACCCAGCACAGAGCACCAAAGAUGACCACCACCCAGCACAGAGCACCAGCGACAACCACCACGCAGCCCAGAGCACCAGCGACGACCACCACCCCGCACAGAGCACCAGCGACAACCACCACCCAGCACAGAGCACCAGCGACGACCACCACCCAGCCAAGAGCACCAGCGAAGACCAUCACCCAGCACAGAGCACCAAAGACGACCAUCACCCAGCACAGAGCACCAAAGACGACCACCACCCAGCACAGAGCACCAGCGACGACCAAUACCAAGCCCAGAGCACCAGCGACGACCACCACCCAGCCCAGAGCACCAGCGACGAACACCACCUAGCACAGAGCACCAGCGACGAACACCACCUAGCACAGAGCACCAACGACGACAAUCACCCAGCACAGAGCACCAGCGACGACCAUCACCCAGCACAGAGCACCAGCGACGACAAUCACCCUGCACAGAGCACCAAAGGCGACCAUCACAGAGCACCAACGACGACCCUCACCCAGCACAGAGCACCAACGACGACAAUCACCCAGCACAGAGCACCAGCGACGACCAUCACCCAGCACAGAACACCAGCGACGACCAUCACCCUGCACAGAGCACCAAAGGCGACCAUCACAGAGCACCAGCGACGACCCUCACCCAGCACAGAGCACCAAAGACGACCACCACCAAGCACAGAGCACCAAAGACGACCACCAGCCAGCACAGAGCACCAAAAACGACCACCUUCGAGCACAGAGCACCAGCGACGACCAUCACCCUGCACAGAGCACCAAAGGCGACCAUCACAGAGCACCAGCGACGACCCUCACCCAGCACAGAGCACCAGCGACGACCCUCACCCAGCACAGAGCACCAAAAACGACCACCACCCAGCACAGAGCACCAAAGACGACCACCACCCAGCACAGAGCACCAAAAACGACCACCUUCCAGCACAGAGCACCAGCGACGACCAUCACCCA